UAUGAAUAUGAUUACUCCAUUGAUGUAAAAACACUGUUUGCUGGAACGAGUAGAAAUGAAUCUACACUACACAUCAGUGCUGAGCUGUCUAUAGAGUUCAUAUCAGAAUGUGAUGGAAUGCUGAAGAUCGAAGGUAUUUCAUUGAGGGAUGAUGGUAAUAAUGAUCCUGAUGCAGCCAUAGCAUUUUCGGUUGCUGUGACAGCACAUCCAUUAAGGUUUUCAUUCCAAGAUGGAACAAUUUCUGAAGUUUGCCCACAUCCAGAAGAGACGGCAUGGGUACUUAAUUUUAAAAAUGGGAUACUGUCAGCUUUGCAGAACUCUAUGAAACGAUUUGAUGUAGAUCAUGAAACUGAAGAGAUGGAUGUGAAUGGAAAUUGUCCGACACACUACAGCCUUGUUGGUGCAGAAAAAACUACACUGAUUAUUAAGAAGGUUAAAGAAAUUGGAUCUUGUAACAACAGAUAUCAGCAUCAGUCAGUGAUUCAGACAACACCAUAUUCAUUUAGAUCGAAUUUCCAGCCUCUUCCAAUUAUGAAGUCAAACAGUUCAUGUCAACUGCAUGUGGACCACAAUAUAUACAGCAAAAUUGAUUGUGAAGAAGUUCACUUAUUCCAACCAUUUUCAUAUAAGCAAAGUGGAGCGAAAACUAUAAUUCAUCAAGUUUUGACUCUUACCUCAGAGUCAAAUGUAACGAUUGAUGAUAUAGAUACAAUCACUAGAAGAACAUCCCUUUCAUUUGACCAUAUACAAACUCCAAAGCCUAUGUCUGCUGAUCUUGGAACAUCAAGAGACCUUCUUAUGUUAAUGUGUGAACUGAAUGAUGAUGGUGUUGAGCCAGAGUUUCCUGAUGCCUUCUCCCACUUCAUACACAUUGCUCGGCUUUUGUCCCACGAUGCACUCGAGGCACUGUAUGAUGAAGCUCCUACACUCUGUGAAAGUGCACUGAGGCACAUGACUGAUGCGUUACCCCUGCUCGGAAGCAAUGCUGCCGUACAAGUAAUGACAGAUGCAAUUCUAGAGGGAGACAUUCCAACAAGUACCGCAAAUGAGUGGUUGUUUGCUAUGGCUUUCAUCCCAAGACCCAGUCUUGAAACGAUUACUAUUAUGUCUCCAUUAAUAUCAAGUGAGACAUCCAAUACUGAAGCAUUACUCAGUUUAUCAUCUGUGGUUCAUACAUACUGCAAGAAGAAUAGUGGUUGUGAAAAUGCUACUCAAGUACAGGACACUGUCUCACACCUACAAGAACUGGUGCUAAGUGGUUGUCAAAAUACAAGAAAUAACAAGAUUCCAUACUCUCAGGUGAUAGUUGCUCUUAAAACACUUGGGAACAUUGGUGUGACUAAUGCAAAUUUAUCAUCUGUUUUGCAUAACUGCUUAGAAAAUGAAGAACUACCAAUGGAACUGAGAGUAUCUGCCAUUGAAACAUACAGACGAUUUCCUUGUGAACCAGAGAGGGACUAUUUCAUUGAUAUAUAUAGAAAUCAUGCAAUUGAUCCUGAAAUUCGGAUUGCUGCAUAUUUGCAGAUAAUGAGAUGUCCAAAUUAUAUUGUCAUAAAAACAAUAAAACAUGCUCUAAUUGAAGAAGAAGUCAACCAAGUGGGGUCAUUUGUAUGGAGUCACCUAAAAAAUUUAUUGAAGUCAUCUAAUCCAAACAGGGUGGAAAUUCAAGGUUUACUACAAGAUACUGACAUAGGGAAGAAGUUCAGCAGUGAUAUAAGGAAAUUUUCUCAUAACUAUGAAGGCUCAGUAUUUGUUGAUGAAUAUAAUGUUGGUGGAAAUUAUGAAGGAAAUAUUAUUUUUUCCCCGCGGUCUUACCUUCCACGCUCAGGAUCAUUAAACUUGACAGUUGAUUUAUUUGGACAUUCUAUUAACAUCUUAGAGCUGUCAGGAAGAAUGGAGGGAUUUGAGCAUUAUGUGGAAACAAUGUUUGGACCAAAAGGACCCUUUAAUGGACAGAAAGUGAAAGAAGAAAUACAUAAACGCUUUUACAGAAGUGUAAAUGGUGAUCUGAAGGAGAGUGUCAACAGCUUGCCGAAUGUAAUUGACACUAACUUCUAUGACCCCAAAGCCUCUCUAGGGCUCAAGAUUUUUGGAAAUGAACUCAAAUAUGGGAGCAUUGAAGGUCAGGAUGAAGUCAGUGAGCUCCUGCGGUCACUGAACCCAUUCAGAAAGCUGCAGCAGAUCCUUUCAGGAAAGGAAGUAUUUCUCAAGAAGUCUUUGAUGUUUUUGGAUACAAACUAUGUUGUUCCUACUGGAAGUGGGUUUCCAAUCAACUUGAAUGCUGUCGGCACUGCUGCUGUUCAUCUAAAAAUGUCUGGUCAGCUCAAUAUUACUGAUUUCAAUUCUUCUGGUCACCUGGAUUUAAAAGGAGAAAUAAAACCGAGUGUUGCUAUUGAUGUUGUUGGUACCAUGGGUCUGGAUGCUUACUAUGGAAAGACUGGUAUAAAGCUAAAAACAAAUUUGUACUCAUCUUCUGCUGUGGAGGGUCAGUUGAAAGUCAGAGGAACUAAAUUAGUAAGCCUCUCAUUUAGCUUGCCAAAGCAGAAAUUUGAAAUCAUCAAGGCCCAGUCUGAAUUGCUGGUGAUGAAACAUGGUGCAGAAGAGCAGCAGGGUGGAAUUGAGGAAGAUAGAAUACAAGAAAAAGUCUGCACUUGGCCUUCUGUAGAUGAGACACUAGGUUUAAUGGUUUGUGCUGAUUAUCAGUUUCCCAAUACAAGCUUCAGAACUGAUGUAGCUGCAUUUAUCUUGAACGGCCCAACAAAGUUUCAAAUUUUUCUGAAAAAAGCAGAUCCAACUGCAAAGAAAUAUCUAAUGGAGUAUAAAUGGGAUUCUAGUGAAAAUUCCACAUUUGUGAGCUUCAUUUUUGACACACCAGGAUCUAAACUGAAGCGUGAACUUAGUUUCAAGAUAAAUCUAGAUAAAAAUAGUCAAAAUGUCACUUUAUUAAUACAUUCUGGGAACAAUACAUAUGAGGCCUUAGGGAAGUACAAAAAUACACCCAAUGACAAAUAUCUAAAUUUUGGCCUUGAUGUAAAUGGAAGGAAAAACUUUGAUGCUGAAAUAAGCUUAAAAACAAGACCAGGAAAAUAUGGAAAUACAUAUGAACCUCGUUUCUUCCUGGCAAUCAAUGACACGAGAAUCGUUGAACUGUCAGGUCGUGUACGCUGGGUUGAAAAAAGGAAUAUUUCACAGUGUGAUGUGAGUCUGGAAUUUAAUACAAGAAAAUUUUUCACAAAACUCUUUGGUUAUGUAAAGAAGACAGAUACAGUUCUUGCUACUAGUUUGAGACUGGAUUACAGAUUUAAAGAUGAAAAACCACAAAGCAUCAAAAUGGAGGCCAAAUUUAUUUCAAAAACCAUGACCAAGGCACAGGGAUCAAUACAAUUACAAUCAACUGCAUACCCUCAGUUUGAUUUCACUUCCUCACUUAUGUUUCUUAGAAAUAGUGACCGAAUGGAUUUUUGGAUGGAAAUUGCUGUUGGACCACAUCAGAAAGAUAUAAAAUCAAAAUUUGUUCUAACAACAUUGAUUCGUUUCCUAAGAGGCCAUGACAAUGUAAGAUUUGAUGCAUCUGUACAUAUCAGUAAACCAAUCUCAUCCAUUGACAUGAGAUUUAGUUUGGGAUACCUCAAUACAGGACCAGAAACAAGCAUACUUGUGACAGUAAGAUAUGCUCCAGGUAAAGAAGUGCUUAUACAAUUCAAAUUAAAAAUGCCUCAUACAUCAUUUACAUUUUUUGAGGCAAUGUUCAACUUGACAUUACCAGGUUUCAAUCCAAUGGUUGUGGAACUAAAGUUACAUGAGAAAUCUCCAAAAGAAUAUGAUAUUGAAUUCUCUGGAUCAUGGUUUAGUGGACAUUCUAUAAGUGGUAAAGGACUGUAUCAAGACAAAAGUACUUCAAAAACAAUGAACCAUCAUUUGAAACUUGCUAUCAAGUCUCCAAGUUUUAAUGAACUUACAGUGUCAUUCCGGUUAAUCCAAGAUGAUACAGAAUUCAAAACAAAUAUUCUGGUUACUCAUGAAGAUGACAAAUAUUCUGUGUUGGUGAAACAAGUGUCUCCAUCUACAGAACACUAUGAAAUGUAUGUUGAAGUGCGUUGGAUAGAAAAAGUAUAUUCACUUGCUCUGGCAGCUGCGUUCGAAGAUUACAAAGAAAUAUCACUAGAUUUACAUAUAGAUCAGAGCAGAGAUAUACACCUGCUGCUAAGAGGUCUCAACAAACCAACAAUGAAGGAAGCUGGUGUGGAAAUAGAAUGGGAUGCUAAUAGAGACCCAUUAAAAAAAUUCAUUAUAUUUGCUCGUUAUGAUAACUCUGCAUUCUUAAAUUACAGUGCCAAAUUUAAACUUUCAUAUCCCGGUCGCUCAAUUAAUGCAGGAGUCCUCUUUGCUGCAAAAGAUCCAGUUUUUGAAUCACAGGCUUACUUGGAAUGGAGUCCUACAGAAGCAAUCAGUGUAAAACUUGGAGCAUCGUACAGAUAUGACACUGUUGUUAUGGUGUCUGGAAUGUCAGAGUUGUUGACUCCUUUUGAGAACUGGAAGACAACUGCUGCCUCAGGAAGAUUGUACUUGGAAGAAAAUUUAUUUCAUGCUAAUGGAAGUGUUCACUGGAAAGAUGAUCAGAAUGUUGCUCUCAAUUUAUUUGGUGAUUAUUCUUUGUCUGAUGAACUAUUUAUUUGUGAAUUUAACACCUCAGUAUGGAGCACAGUUGAACAUAUACCUUCAUUGUCAGGAAGCUUUUUCCACAAACAAGGCAACAAAAAAUAUGAAACAAAGAUAUACUUAAAGUAUAUGCCAGAGAACAUCAUUUCAGUAAGGAGUUUAUGGGAAUUAGAGCAAAGUUCAGAAUCAACAAAUCUUACUGGAACGGUGUCACUGAUUUCUCCAUUUUCAUCAUAUCGGAAAGGAGUAUUAAUCACUCGUAUACAUGUAGACUCUGAUAAUGAUGUUACAGGAGUUGCUGAAUUAACUAUGAACAGGAGAAAAUAUACAACAACACUGAAAGGUCACUUUGAGAAGCUCACGAACAGUUUCCUCUAUUUCAAUAUCACUACUCCAAUACCAAAUUAUAGCACGAUAGUUGGUCGUUUCGGGUAUUCUGAAGAAGAACGACACUUGGUUGCUCUUGUGAAGAGUCCAGUUGGUGGUUUGGGUGUAGAAGUGCAAUUCUAUAUUCUCAACUCCAAAAAUUUUGAUAUUGUGUUCCAAGUUUUGUCUCCAAUGGAAUUUCUAAGAGAAGCAGUAAUAAUGGCAAAAUUAAAGCCUAACACGGCAAACUUCAAAGUUGGCUGGAACAAACUAAUCCUAGGAUUUUCUGGAAUUUGGUAUUAUAUGAAUAUUACAAAUUUUGAGUAUUCAUAUAAAAUUUACACACCAGUGGAGAGGUUUGAAGAGACUGGCUUUACAGCCAAGAUUUUAUAUGGAAAUGGACUUGAUUUUGACAUGAGCCUCCUACUAGCAGGAAAGAAGAUUGGAGUGAAAGUGAAAGGACUUAAUAAGCCACGUCCACCAGUUGAUCUGCAAAUAGCAAACAAGAAACUGAAUUUGCUGGAAGCAGAAGAAGAUGACUAUUAUGAUGAUACUCUAUAUGAAGAGGCACUUAGCUGGGAAGGUCUUGUUGAACUGGAUGCCGUUAUCUAUCCAACAAUUAAAGGAUUUUUGGAAAUUGAUGAGAAAGACACUCUGUAUGCAGUUCAUGGCUACUUGGUUUUGCCUAAUGGUACAGCAGAAUUUUAUGAUGACUUUGACUUCAUUGACUAUUUCACCAUCACUAACAAGUUGGUUAUAACAUCUCCAUUUACGUCUUUUAAAGAGAUACAGUCUGAUCUGGACUACAAAAUAACUGAGACAAUUUUUGGUUUGGUAUUUGACCUCAAAUCCAAAGAUACAGAUGGAAAUUGGGCAGUGGCAGGUAUGUUACUGAAUUACACAGCUUUGGAAAGCACUAUAUAUAGGCCCGAAACUCAUUAUAUGCACAUGAACAUUUAUACACCAUUCAAGAGAUUCAAGAAUGUAGAUGUCAAAGCUGGACUGCAAACAGGAAAUGGCUUAUAUCACACAAACUUUAAUUUAUCUACUGAUUACACUUCAGUUGCUGCCACUGGAAAUCUUAAGAUAAAUGGCGAAUACACUGAAAUCUCUGGUGGUAUGAACCUGAAUUCCUCAAUUUUGAGUAUACCUACAUUUAAUGUUAUAAUUACAAGAAACUUCAGCAAAGCAGGGAAUAUGAUAGGAAUGUCAUUAUACCGUCUGGGAAAACCUCUUCAGACAUACAAAACAGAAUGUCAGUGGCUUGUUUUAAAUGAUACAAGUAUUAAAGCAUCCCUGAAAUUGCUUACUCCUCUGGAAAAAUUACAAUCACUAGAAUCACAGUGGCUGGUGGCCUCUAAUUUUGAUGAAAACUAUUGUAGUCUAAACUUUUUGAUCAAACAUAAUGUGGAUAAUGAAAUAAAAUUUUAUGCUAUGAUGACAGAAGAUCACUUGUCAGCAGAACUGAAUACACCAUCAAAGAAUUUAAGGCAUGCAGUUUUGCAAGCCACCAUUUCACAAGUUCAAAAAAUUAAUAACUUAAUUAAUGCGAAUGUAAAUGCUGAUGAAACAUCAUACACAUUGAUUGGCAGUAUAGAGCGUGAUACUCAGCAUCCAGUAAAGAUUGUCUCCAGACUGAGUUCUCCUACCAAAGGGGAAACAGUUUCAUUUACAGUGGAUGUAGCAAAGAAGUCUUAUGGUUAUGAGCUGACAACUGUUGUAACAAAAGCAAAUGAAAAAGCAGAGAUUCACUGUGACUUUGUUUCAAAACCUGGUUUAGAAUAUAGUGUGAACUUCAAGGCAAGUAGUACACAUAAAUUUUACAAACGUGGUGCCCUGACUGGAAAAAUAUUAAUAUAUGAUAACAUGAAUUACACAGUUGAAGUUACAGGAGAAACUCCAUUCAAAGAUUUUGAAAAAAUUGAAGCCAUAGGGCAUUAUUAUUUUCAGAAAAGUUCUGGGGCUUUGAAAGCAGCUCUUAACCUACCAGUUGUUAAAGGACAUCUUCUAGGAGAAUGGAAGUGGAUAUUGAAGGAAGAUAUGAAAGUUUUGGUUGAAGGUUCUGUGGAAAGCAAAUCUUUCACAAAACAUGGAACUGUGGAGAUGUUCUACCAGAAUAUACCUAGCAGAACUCGAUAUGUUGCUAUUGGAGUGGAUGUUAAUCUCAACAAAGGCAUUUGGCAAUUUGGCACAAAUGCUUCAAUGAAGGCAAGUUCUGAGAAAGAUGUUGAAAUGGAAUGCAACCUAAAACUGCCUCCACCAUACUUUGAAGUUUACACUGUGUUUACAAAACUGAACUCUACUGAAACAUAUUCAUAUGUUGAUAGUACUGCAAGAUAUUCUACUUACAAGAAAAGAUCAUUGUAUGGAUAUUCUGUAUUGCUUGACUCACAGGAAGGAGGGACAAAUGGUCGUUUGCAGAUACAGUGGGGAAAUGGACAGAUAUCAGAAAUUCUGAAUAUAUUGCAGCUGAAAUACAUCAAUGACCUAACAGACUUGUUUUAUUCACUGAAAACACCUAUGUAUACAGAAAAGACAUUCAUUGCUACAGCUCUUUUCAAACCACUGGGAAAACAGCAGAAUAUGAAGGCAAAUGUGUAUUGGCCUGAAAGUAAUAGAGUAGCUACUGCUGAUAUUGAUUAUGUAACAGCUUCAGAUAUGAAAGGAACUGUAAAUUCUACUACACCAUUCAAAAUGCUUCCAUGGGCAGCCCUCAACUUUUUGAUCAAGAAUGAAAGUGUUAAUAACAUCUACAACUUUGAAUUCAUUUGGCCAAACAAUACAGCCUUGUUUAAUUCAAUCAACAAAUGGGAAUUUAAAAAUCAUGCAACAUUUGUAGAGGGCACAAUCAAUCUUGAGAUUCCUUUAGCAACAAGACACAUUGGCUUGGUUGAAUACAACUACCAGGAAACACCAUUGCAUCAAAAUGGAGUAGCUACAGUGAAGUACAAUGGUGAAAAAGAAAUAGAUGGAAAGUAUAAUUGUGUAUCAGAAUCAUCUGCUGGGUUUGAGAAGGACAUAAUAGACAUUGAAUUACAAAACAAAUACUUUCCUCUAGGCACACACUAUGUGCAUUCCUUUGAAUACAGUAAUGGUGUGGAUGGCUUAAAUUUACCAACUGUUGAUUUCAAGCAGAUUGAUUUAUUUAGGCUAGACAAUCGCUCAGCAUUUAGCCUCAGUGGAGAUCUUAAUAUCCGAACAACACAAACUGGACAAGAAAUAAAAUUAACAGCGAUACAUACAAACAGGACAGUGGAACUUAAAACAGACUAUCAAUAUCUUGACUCUAAGUUCUGGCAGAAAACCACUUUGCACCUGACACCAGAUGCAUGGAUCACUUGUGAUACUACAUUCACCAACAAAACAUCUGAAGAAGAACACUUUGAAAUUAAUUUUGCUUAUCCUCGAAGGAAUUACACAGUCACUGGGCACUAUGGUUCAGAUAACAAUUCCUUGUCCUCGGAGGUAACACUAAUGUGGGACAAACAGGCAGAUGUGAAAACUGUGACUGGUAUUAUUGACUGGAAAAGAAUAAGUGAAAUUCCGAAUGCUCAACAUGCCCUUAUUGUCAUCAAACAUCCUUCAUUUGAAAAGGAUGUUACUCUGAAUGGUCACUACCUGAGUAAUGAAAUAGACAUUAUGAAUGUUAACAUGGACCUUGAAUAUUCUACAGAUCCAGAGAAAAAGUUUUCAUUAUCUGGCAGAUUAUUAAAUAACUCAGACAAGAAAAGAAGGAAUUAUGGGUUUGAGCUGAUGACUAGCCAUCCUGAUACAAGCCUCGAUCUGAAGAUGAAAGGUGGGAUGUGGACUGGUGACUCCAUAUACAGCACUAAUAAUAUUGUAAGUUAUAGAAGAUCUUACCUCCCACUCCAGACUGGAGAACUGAAGGCAAUGUACAACUCAGCCAAGAAAGAAAUUCACUUAGAGAAAAGAGCACAGGAUGAGCUGUCUUACCUGAAGGGUAAAUAUUUUGGGAAAUAUCCAGAGUACAAAGUAAAUGGGUCAGUAUUAAAAGAUAAAGAAAUGAAUGCUACUGGACACUUCUACCUGAACUUCGAUGAGAAACUUGUGGCUGUUACUGUUCUAAACCAGAGGCCAGAUGUCUUAGAAAGUUUUUAUGUGGAUGGAAAGAUACCAGAUUCUCGCAACACACUUCUAAAUGUAUGGAGAGAGUAUGAUGAUGUCCACGUGUCUGACAUAUCAUUCUAUCUCCGAUUAAACCACUCGAGAUUAAUUACAUCGAAACUGCUUUGGAGACCUGAUCUUCAAACUGAUGUUCAGAAAGGUGUUGAGUACUGCUUCCGAACCUUUCAUGAAGGUAUAAAUGAAACAAUUGAUUACUGGAGAAAAUAUAUAAGAUCUGAGACUCAUGAAGCACUGAAAGGUGUUUGGGAUAGUGCCGAACCAUAUUUAGAAAACUUCAUAUAUGAUUUAAGGUCACUGAGAGCUGUAAAUGACGAUUUUGAAGAGUUUAAAGUGUUCCUUAACAACUCCUACAACGCAAAUGAAUUCUACAUUAAAGAUAUUUUCAAUUAUUUUCAGUACAUAAUUGAUAAAUUAUCCAUUAGGGAACAUAUUGAAUCACUUCCAAAAAUUGUAAAUGAAAUAUGGGAAAUGAUGGGUGAAUCAGGAGAAGCUGUUAGGGAAUCAAUUUUGUGGAUAGUUGAUACUAUUAAAAAUUCAUAUAUGAAGAUAAUGGAUUUUAUAAACUCUUUCCUGAAAGGAGAAUCAACAGCCCAAAUUGCAGAAUUGCUUGAAAACUUUGCUGAGAAGUAUGACAAGUUUAUGAAAGAUUUAAAUGUGGCAAUCAGGAAGCAUAUUGUAGACUUGUGGGAUAAGACCACUGUAUUUCUUUUUGAAUGUUGGAAUAAGUUCCUCCGAACAUUUGAACCUAGUUUCGUAACAUUUGCUCAUUAUGUGGAGACAGCUGCGUUGGAAGUAAGCAAUGAAAUUUUAGAUUUCUUGUAUCAGAGACGAAGUGAGAUUGUAGAAUCUCCCUAUUUCUCCAAAUUUGCCAAUUUCACACAAGAUCUGGACAAAAUUUAUAAAGACUUGCUGAAAAAUGAUGCACUUACAAACAUAAAAAAGUAUUCUUACAUAAUUUAUCAGUUCCUGGAAGAUAAAUAUUUUGCUCUGGUUCCAUUUGGUAAAGAACUUAAACAAGUAUUCACUGAAAUUAUAAAUGAAUUCAAGGAACUAAGGAAGCUUCAGUCUGUUAACUUUGUGAUAGAGAAGACAAAUGAACUAACUGAAAAGGUUAUUUGGUUUUACAAUUAUUUUGAUUUAGGCACAAAAAUACAGAAGACUGUGAUUUUGAUACAUUCAAAACUUACUGACAUGACACAAACAGCACUACAGGCAGAAAAUCGAUAUCGAGAGGCAAAAACAAAAUUUAUCUUUGAGCCUGAAAAUGGUGAUGUGGAAUUAGAACAAAAGCUUCCAAUGUCUUGGCAUGCCUUUAAUGAAACCCCAAGGUUUGAGGAGAUUCCAGAGUAUAAGAAGUUAAGCGAUAUGCAAAACUAUUUCUCAACAUCAAACACUACUUUCUGGACACUCUAUUAUGAAUAUAAGUCACUUAUUGACCCAUCAAACUGGCUGCCUCCAUUCAAAGGUCAUGCAUUGAUAGUUGCACCACAACACUUCAUGACAUUUGAUCAGAAAUUUUUUGAAUUCCGGGGAUCUUGCUCCUACCUUCUGUCAACAGAUUUUUCCGAUAGGAACUUUUCAAUACUGCUGGUCAGUGAUCCAGUGAUGGAAGGACAUUUGUAUGACAUUGUGCUACUGAUUGAUGAACACGUGGUGCAAGUGGAUCUGUUUAAUGAUGCAGUAACAGUUGAAAGAGGAGCUAUUACACAUCUUCCUGCCCAAGUUGGAGAUAUGUACAUUUACCAGGAAACUGAAAUUAUUACUAUUGAGAGUGCUCGUGGCAUUCACAUACAGUGUAAUCUUAAAUUUGAUCUUUGCUCUAUAACACUUUCAGGAUGGCAUUAUGGCAAGACAUUUGGAUUGCUGGGAACAAUGGAUAAUGAGCCAAUAAAUGAUUUCUUAACUUCAUAUGGAAAGGUGGAAACUGAUGUAGAAAGGUUUACCCAAAGUUGGAUUCUAGAACCUCACAAAUGCAGUUCAGAUAAGAACUUCGCAAUAGAUAUAGCACAGCCAAAUGAAAAAUUAAGAAACUUGUGCCAGGCAUUUUUUAAAAGUAAAUCUUCUCAGUUCAGCACUUGUUUCACCAUGGUUGAUCCAACACCAUUCUGGAAUAUGUGCACAAACAGUGACCCAGUGAAUGAAAAUGAGGCCUGUGCAACUGCAAUUGCAUAUAUGCAGGCUUGUCUGCUGGAACACACCCCAUUAAGAAUUCCAGAUACAUGUGUAAAGUGUGUCUUACCAAAUGGGACAAAUCUUGUGGAAGGAGAUUUUCUACAGUUGAAUGGAACCUCUAUUCCCCAUUCCACAGAUAUAGUCUUUAUUGUUGAAGCUUCGGAGUGUAAUAAAAAUAUCAGGGAAAAUCGAAAUAUAGAUUUGUUGAUAUCUGCAUUGUCAAAAGAAUUAACUGAUAAUGGAUUUGUAUCAAACAGAUUUUCUCUUAUUGUAUUUGGAGGAGAUGGUGUCUAUGACGCACCACGCAGCAUUGUCAUGAACAACAAGAUCUUCACAUCAUCAGAGCACAUAGCUGACUACUUUAGCAAUGUUGCAACAGGACAUGGCAACAGAGAUAUUUUUGGUGCAAUUAAUUAUGCUACUAAACUUAUAUACAGACCUGGAAUUUCAAAAACAUUUAUCCUUCUGCCCUGCAGUGAAUGUGCACCUGAAAAUAUGACGCUGGAUUAUUCUGCACUCCACCAGGGCCUCCUAGACCAUGGUAUUACUCUCCACAUUCUCAUGAAUGAGGAAUUUAGAUUUGAAAAACCACGCCUGCAAAAAAUAUUGUAUGGAAUUGAUGGAAAAACUGCAUUUACCAAGAAUGAUGUGAAAAAUCUGAAGGGAGACAAAGGUCUGAGACGGCAAGUGAAACUACCAAAGACUCUGCUUGGAGUAUGUACUGCACUGGCUCUUGAAACAAAUGGAUCAGUUUUUAUGGCUAAGAAACUUGAAAUGGAGAAGAAGAGCUUUGUUAAAAAAUAUCUUAAUGUUUUCUCUAAGAGAGUUGUCAACAGUGCUGCCCCUUUCACCUGUCAAGCUUGUGAAUGCACUGCACACAAUAAUGGUGUAAGCUACACAGAAUGUUUUCCAUGUGAAUAUCCAGUACCAUCACACAUAGAUCCAGAGUUUACAAGAGACAUGGAUAUUCCAAUAGAAUAUCAGUCAAGUAUUGACUACACAGAUGAUGAUGAUUAUUAUUGAAAAUUAUACUAUUUAUAAAUGAGGUCUUAUUUAUAUGUAAAAAGUUGAUAGAUAUUUUCACUGUAAAUACAUCAUUUUGAAUCACAA